ACCGCACGUCCUUCCUGAUUGCCACCAUCGCCUCGCCCACAGCUUGCGGGCUCCGUUUCUCCUGUCCAUCGACUGCGCUUACGACCGGCCCGCCUCUCAUCUGACGCCCUGAGCCUGCAUCUGACGCUUUGGACUUGCAUCUGACGCAACAAAACCUGCACGAACCUCUUGACGAACUCCCUCCACACUCAUCACCAUGGGCCAAACACAAUCACAGUUCAUGGAGGACAUGUCGCGGCGGUCAAACUUCACGCCGCAGGAGCUGGACCGCCUCAAGAAGCGGUUCAUGAAACUGGACAGCAACCGCUCCGGCUCAAUCGACCGCGAGGAAUUCUUGCAAAUACCACAGAUCGCGACGAACCCGCUCGCGUCGCGCAUGAUCGCGAUCUUCGAUGAAGACGGCGGCGGGACGGUUGAUUUCCAGGAAUUCGUCGGUGGCCUCAGCGCGUUCAGCAGUAGGGGAGGACGCGACGAGAAGCUGAAGUUCGCCUUCAAGGUCUACGACGUCGACCGGGACGGGUACAUAUCGAACGGCGAGCUCUUCUUGGUGCUGAAGAUGAUGGUGGGGAACAACUUGAAGGACCAACAACUGCAGCAGAUCGUCGACAAGACGAUUAUGGAGGCGGACAAGGACGGUGACGGGAAGCUCAGCUUCGAGGAGUUCGCGCUGAUGGUGUCGAAUACGGAUAUCGUCAAGCAGAUGACGUUGGAGGACUUGUUCUAAGAGAACGAUUGGCAUGUGCUCCCUCAUAUACGCUGCAUCCCGGACUUGUCCAUGUCUUGUUCAUACUCAGCCUUUGGAUCUACGGUAGCCUGUAAUGUACAUCUUUCGCCUGCGUCGUCAGGCUUUGCAUAUCUUCCAAGGGGGCCAGGAAGUACGAUCCCGUGUGUCCUUGAGCAUGUUCACC